AUGGAGGAAAUAAUUAAGAAACAGCUUCCGUUGCUGAUGAGGAUUGUGUCUUCGUCAGUGGCAGUAUCAUACAGAGCCGCAAAUAUUGCUAAAAUUCUGUCGAAAGGUGAUUUAGGAAUUGUUGAAAAGGGUGGUAAAAAUGACCUACAGACAGAGGCAGAUAGAUCAGCACAGAGAUGUAUUGUAGCUUCAUUACACAAACAAUUCCCUAAAAUUGCUAUAUAUGGUGAAGAGGAAUUAGCUCCAACAACCAAAAUUCCAGACAACUUUUUUGAGCUAGGAUUUGAUGAAGAAGUACUGAAACAUGAAUGUCCGAAGAAUUUACAAAAUAUCAAAAAUGAAGAUAUAGUUAUUUGGGUAGACCCAUUAGAUGGAACUAAAGAAUUUACAGAGGGUUUCCUGGAUCAUGUGACAGUUUUGAUAGGUAUUGCUAUACGUGGUGUGGCAACUGCUGGCAUAAUUAACCAACCCUUCCAUAACUAUGAAGAAUUACCUAAAUAUGGCAAAUCUAGGUGUAUCUGGGGAAUACUUGGUCUAGGAUCAUUUGGUUUUGAACGUAAUGAGAAUUUAGAAGGUAGAAUAAUAACAACAACUAGAUCUCAUUCGGACUACACAAUUACAAAGACUGUGCAGGCUUGCGAUCCCACAGAGGUACUCAGAGUGGGCGGGGCCGGGCAUAAGGUAUUGUUAUUGAUAGAGAAGAAAGCACAUGCUUAUGUUUUUGCCAGUAUCCACUGUAAGAAAUGGGAUACUUGUGCACCAGAAGCCAUUCUACAUUCAUUAGGUGGUAAAUUAACAGAUUUACACGGAAAACCUAUACCAUACCAUGCUAAUGUUGUUCACAAAAACACAGGAGGUGUGUUAGCCACUGUAGAGAAUCAUGAUUGGUAUGUUAAUAGAAUAAAGGAAAAUGUAGACCCAGAGACACUCGCAAAGUUUGAGUCAGUGAAACCUGCCCCGCCUACACUUGAGACCACCCUGUCACAACAGCGACUGAAUGUAAAUCCCGGAGAUAAAGAUAAAGGCAAUUCUGAUCAGUCUCAGGAGCGCCACUGAUCUGCUUCGCUAGUACGAGACAUAUUCAUGGCCUACAGGAUCAUCACCGCCAUUAUAUAGUCAUCUUUAUAAUUUAUCAUAUAAGUUCAAGAGAUAGUCAUUAUUAUAUUAUUGUAAUCUGUAACAACUCAACCUCUCUGGUUCAAGUUAUAUAACUUUUUCAUCAAAAAGCAAUAGAAAAUGGAAGUUUAGUACAUGUAUUAUAUUAUUUAUGUAAAUCAAUGUAAAAGGGUAUGUUAUAAUAAGUUGGAAUCAUGUUAAAAAUUAUAUUCAUAGUUUAAACUCUAAAGCGACUUGAGUUUUAAAGAUAAUUUUUUUUAUAUAAGUUAUUCAUCGCAUUAUUAUAUCGAAGGUUGACCGCAAAACUACAGUAACUUAUAUGAAAUACAGAAGGACUUACAACUGUACUGCAUUCAACCCUCAAUAUGUAUUGUAUGUAACAUUGAUCAGAAAGGUUGUGCUAAUACAGAUUUUUAUUAAACUAUUGCUGUUUAUAUGCUCAAACAAACCUCUAUAGUAAUAAUUUAACAGUGCAAAUAUUGUUCAGUACAUUUCUGUAUGAGUUUCACAGAAUGUGAUGUGUGUUCUCACAGCAAUAAAUAUGUUUCAGUGUUUCUAAUAACCUUCUGAGCACUAAGUAUGUUAGUGUUUAACUCUUCAGUAUAGAGUGACAUUCCUGCAUGUCCUAUUCUAUUUAUACUUCUGUUUUAGUGUUUUAUUUUUAUAGAUACAUGUAUAUUAAACUAAAAUUGGCUCAUAAAGUGAUAAGUUGCUACCAGUCCUUAGGUCCUAUUCAGUGGAUUUUUAUAAGGGAACUCAACUGGGUUUUUUGAUAUGACAGGAUUGGAAAUAAUUUUUCUUGAUAAAUGUUCCGUUUAAUAUAGGUGUAGAACAAUAUUUUUUUUGCAAAAUUUUAGAUUAUUUGCUCACUCCAUUUUUUUUUCCAGAAUAAUCAUUCUAAUUGUAAAAAAUGACACAAAAUUAAAAAAUGUUGCAAUGCUUUUCUCUCAAAUCAGGCUUAGGAUAGGACUAAAAUUUGAUAUUCUUUUUUUUUUACAUAGUAUAUUUUUAAAAUUCUUUUGUAUAUCUUUCUGUUUUAUGUGCCCAAGCUGAUUUAUGUAAGAAUUCAACUUUCAUGUUAGUAGGGUUUUGAAACUCUGUGGAGUUCCUUUAAGGAUGGUCUAAAUCUUGUGUUAACUUGAGGCUAAAAUAUUUUCUAUAAACAAGAGUGACACUAAACUGUCAUAAGAUACAUUCCUCACCCUCCUCCCUUGAUGACAAUCUAAUGCACAUUGUUUUACACCCUAAGUCACCUAAGUAACAAAGUGAAUAUGCAAAUGUUGAACUUCCAGAUUCAUAGUGCCAUAUUUCAAUGAAAAGCAUUUGCCGAAAAUUAAGUCAUAUUUUGAAAUGCAAUGUCUGUAAUAUACUAUGAUGAAUUUCAAUAAAGUUUAAACCAUUGUAAGAAAACCUGCAUUUCAAUGCUAAUGUUUUCUUGUGGAUUUACAAUUUAAAUAGGGAAUUAAAAAAGAAUUUAAGUUGACAAGGAAGCUGGAAACAAAUAAUUUAAGAUAUUGCAUCUCAGUAUCAUUAAUUUAUUAUGAAGUUUGAAAAUUACUUCUAAUGGGAGCAUACAAUUUCUGUUCAUGAAUUCUUAAGUGAUUUUUAUUAUGGAUUGAAAAAUUUCAUGUAGAAGAAAUAAAGAAAAUGUAAAGUACAACUAGAAAUGUUAUGUAGCUUACCAUAGGCUCUUGUUAUUUACAUAGACCUUCAAGGAGAUAUUUACUAGUAUGGCAAUUUUUUUUUCUUUUACAUGAGUUCUGUAUAACGGAAGACAUCAUUUUUAAUGCAUAAUUUUGUUUGCUAAUCAAAAUUGCAAACCAAUGAGAGAUUAGUAUUUUAAAACUUGCCGAAAUAUUAUCAUAAAAAAAAGUUAUAUAAUUAUAUCAAAAC